ACAACAACACCGAAAUAACUAGCAAAGAUGAUAAAAAUAAUUUGAAUUGUCUCUAUGCUUAUUCCGAUCUAAUGUAUGAUGCUGGAACAUAUUUUGAUUAUGAAAAUGAUGGGGUUCGAUGGCCAUAUAGUGGACAAAAACCUGCUGCUUUAUCUAUAGUUGCAACAGUAGAUAAUGCUUUUACCUUUUAUCAGAACCACUACCUAGGAAUUAAAUAUUCUCUUGGUAUUAUUAAUCACCUAAUUGAUUUUGCUCCAUUCCAUAAUCAUGCACCGGAUGACUCUUAUGAUCUUUCUGGCACACUACAGUUAUUAACUGAUCAUUUUAAUUUGAAUUAUCUCAAAGUAGGAACAAUUUUUGUUGACUCGGUUUCUGAUCAACCAACUUUUAUUGAUAAAAAUGGAGCCUCAUUAGAACGAACUGUAUAUUUAACAGAUUUUUACUACAAAGUCCAUUUUGAUGCCACUGGUACAAAGAAAAAUGCUUUUAAAAAUUUUGGUCAAGAUAAAGAUUCUUAUUUGAAUAGUAUUAUUGCAAAAUUACCCGAUAUGGUUAAUGGAGAUAUUGAUGUAUUCACACCUUCAACUUAUUGGCUUGCAACACCUUUUAUGCCUAUCGAAUUAGUUAAUUUUGGUAGUUUAGACAUUAAGAACUUUGUGCAACCUACUGUUAAUGCCCAUCCUCAAUCAUUAUGGCCUUACCUAUUGCAACCACUUAAAUCAAGAUCUCUGUG